AUGAACGCCAAGGUGGUAGUCCUCUUCGCCCUGGUGGCACUCGCUUUCGCCGAAGAAACGAAGAGCGACGAGACCAAGAAGGUGGAGACCACGAAGAAGGAUAAGCGAGGCCUUUACGGAGCCUUGGGCUACGGCUACGGUGGUUUGGGAUACAGUGGGCUGGGUUACGGUGGAAGUUACGGUUUCGGUGGAUUGAAUACGUACUCGUCCCUUCCAGUCGGCAUCAGCCAUGGUGUUUCCACUGUCUUGACGAAGGAAGUCGCUGUACCCGUACCUCAUCCGGUCGCCGUACCCGUCGAGAAACAGGUCCCAGUCCCAGUUAAGGUGCCAUACGCCGUGCCCGUCGACCGCCCGUACCCCGUCCAAGUGCCUAAACCCUACCCAGUUGAGGUCACCAAGCAUGUUCCCGUCCCGGUAGACCGCCCCGUGCCCGUCCCUGUCAACGUUCCAGUCAAGGUCCCAGUUCCCGCCCCGUACGCCGUCAAGGUGCCCCAGCCCUACGCCGUCCCCGUCGUCAAACACGUGCCGGUACCAGUCGCGCAGCCGGUCGUCUACACAAAAUUGCACUCUGGUCUUGGAUACUACGGUGGCGGAUAUGGCGGAUACAGCGGAUACAGCGGUUACCCCUAUGGAUACUCUUCCUGGUAA